GCGGGCUUGUUCACUUGUCCUUGAAGAAGAUACACAGUUGAUUACCAAAAAGAAGAAGAAUAUACACAGUCAAUCUCCUGCCUUAGCCUUUUGCUAAUCGUUGUUUCUCUUCACCUUCAAAUCCCACAUGCCCGUCUUUAGUCUCGCGAAGGGCGACUAUUUUGUCAGUAAUGUCCAGAGCAUCUUAUGAUGGAGUUCUGGAAGAAUUAAUUGAAGAUUCAAAGUUUGCUCCUCUAAAUGUUGAUAUUCCUAGAUAUGGCCCAUCUGCUUUGUUGCUGCUGGGACAGUGCAGGUAAUUGCUAAUGUUCUAUUAAUACUUGCUUUUCUCCCAUCCAUAGACAAGUUACAUCUACUUUUGUUGGUCCAGAACUUCUUUUCUGUAUGGUGUUGAGCAACUGGUAUCAGAUACAGAAACUUCUAAAGGAGUUGGAUAGUGAGUGUCUCAAGGUUAUUCUUAUUCAUUGCACUGAAGACAUGCUUUCUAGCUCGCUUUCGGAAGCAAUGCAUACUCAACAGUUCAAUUUGCACCCGAAGAAUAUAUCUUCAUAUAUAUAUAUUUUUUUGUGCGGUUUGUACAGUGUAGUUUCCUCAACUUGAUCCAGCUUUCUUUUCCAAACAAAUCUUCUCUACAUCCCUUUGUAGAAAAAGAAGAUGCAGAAUCAUGAUCUUAUGCAGUUUUUCAGUAAUGAAGUUCAAACAUCAAUACUUUUCUGCAGUGCCAAAAGUAACCACAAAAUGUAUCUGGGAAGCCAGAUAAAGGGCUGCAUCACUUUGAGCAAUUAUAACUUGCUCUUCUUGUUGCUUGAUACCUCAAAGCAACAAUGAGACUGACUUCCAUCACAAAACUACUCAAACUAAGACGUCCGCAUGAAUUCCUGAUGGAGCAUUGUUCAGACAUGAAAGAAUUGAUGAAGUUUCAUUGCCAAAUUAUUACAAAUGGCCUUUCCACUGAAACCAUCUUUCUCAGCACCCUUCUAUCCUUUUGUGCAACCCCCACUUCUGGGAACCUGGGUUAUGCUCGAUUGAUUUUCAGUCAGAUAGAUAUGCCCAAUGUGUUCAUGUUCAAUACCAUGAUCAGAGGUUAUGCUUGGAGCUUUAAUCCUAAAGAAGCCAUCUCUGUUUACAUUCACAUGCUCCGUUCUGGGUUAUUUCCCAAUAAGUACACAUUCCCCUUUGUGAUCAAAGCCUUAUCAAGGGUUACCGACUCCACAAAUGGUGAAGCCAUCCACAGUUCCAUCAUUAAGUUUGGGCAUGACUUGGAUAUUUUUGUCUCAAAUUCCCUUAUGCACAUGUAUGAGAACUUUGGAUUCACAGAAGCUAUCUUCAAGUUGUUCAAUGGAAUCAGUAAACCAGAUCUAGUCUCAUGGAAUAUUGUUAUUGGCAACUUUUCUCAAUAUGGUUGCCCUAGUGAUGCAUUAAUUGCAUUUGGUGAGAUGUGUUCUAGUGGAGUUAAACCCAGUGCAGUUACACUUCUUGCUCUUCUCUCUGCUUGUUCCAAAUUAGGGGAUCUGCAUCUUGGAAAAUCAAUUCAUUUAUAUAUAAUAAAGAAGGACAUGCAGAUGAGUGUAAAUCUUGAAAAUAGUCUACUUGAUAUGUAUGCAAAACUUGGAGACUUGGUUUCUGCAGGAAAAUUGUUCUGUAGAAUGUCUGUGAAAACGGUUAUCUCAUGGACCUCUAUGGUUGAUGGUCUUGUUCGAAUUGGGGAGGUUGAACGUGCAUCUUUACUUUUCAAUCAGAUGCCAUGUAGGGAUACAACAUCUUGGAAUGCAAUGCUUAAUGGGUUUAUAGUGGCAAGGGACAUGGAUUCUGCUAAUCAGCACUUCAAGGCAAUUCCCCAAAGGGAUUUGGUUUCAUGGAACAGUAUGAUUGUUGGAUAUGCUCAGAACAAGAAAAUUGUGAAAGCCUUGGAGUUCUUUAGGGAAAUGCAAAUUUCAGGGGUAAAGCCAGAUCAGAUCACUCUUGCAAGUGUGUUGACUGUCUGUGGUUUAAUUGGUGCUCUUGAUCAUGGAGAGGUUACUCACUCUUGCAUGGAGAAACAGAAUAUAAAGGGUGAAGAGAUUGAGAUAGCUCUAAUGGAUAUGUACUGCAAGUGUGGGGCUCCAAGGAAAGCUCUAAAAGUAUUUGAUGAAAUGUUUAGGAAGUCCGUUUUGGCCUGGAGUGCCAUGAUUGUUGGAUUUGCCAUGAAUGGUCUUGCUAAGAGUGCUCUUUUGUUCUUCUCCAGAAUGCAGGUUGCUGGAAUAAGACCAAAUGAGAUAACAUUCCUUGGUGUUCUAUGUGCCUGUAGUUAUGCUGGUCUAGUCAAAGAGGGUCAAACAUUCUUCAAUGCAAUGAAGCAGGUGUAUGACAUCCAACCAAGGUCUGAACAUUAUGGGUGCAUGGUUGACAUUCUUGGUCGUGCAGGCCUCUUAUACGAGGCAGAGAGCUUUAUUCAAAACAUGCCCAUCAAACCUGAUGCAGGUGUUUGGGGGGCCCUACUUGGUGCAUGUAAAAUGCAUGAUGAAGUUCAUAUGGGUGAGAAUGUGGCAAAGAUUUUAACCGAUAUGGACCCAAAUGAUUCAGGUCGUUAUGUCCUCCUCUCCAACAUUUAUGCUGCACAAAAGAGAUGGCCUGAUGUAGAAAGAGUGAGAAAGUUGAUGAGAGCACAUGGAGUGCGGAAGACGCCUGGUGUGAGUUUGAUUGAGCUGCGAGGUGAGAUGCACCAAUUUUUGGCUGGAGACACAUCACACCCUGACACCCAAGAGAUAUACUUGACACUGGAAGAGAUCACCAGAAGACUAAAAGGGGCGGGGUAUGAACCAGAUGGAGCUCAAGUGUUAUUUGACAUCGAUAAUGAGGAUAAGGAACAAGUCAUCUUCUAUCAUAGUGAGAAAUUGGCCAUUGCUUAUGGGAUCUUGAAGGCUGCUCCAGGGACUGCCAUAAGAGUCGUGACAAAUCUUCAUGUUUGUGGUGAUUGUCAUUCUGCUGCAAAGUCAAUCUCAAAGGUCUUUAAUCGCAAAAUAAUCAUUAGAGAUAGGAAUAGGUUUCAUCAUUUCAGAAAGGGUGAGUGUUCAUGUUUAGGUUAGGGAUGAAAGGAAUAGGUGGAAUAUCAAACAAGGUAUUUGAGAAUCAUCCUCACCAUUUGGAAUAAAAACAAAGACACACACGGUCUGCAAAGAAGCAUUGAAUUUGAA